AUCAAAUUUAGUGUCAGUGUUGUGUUCAACGUGAUCACUCUGCAAAUUUAGUCAUAGAGAUGGAGCUUUCAGUGGCGCUAUCCCUCGUCGCGUUGAUAUCGAUAAAAUUCGCGGACUGUUCGCAGUGCGGAGUGCGGCAGGACAAAACACGCUCACUCAUAACAAAUACGUACGAAGUGCAGCCAGGAGAUUAUCCAUGGCAUGCAGCUGUAUAUUUAGUAUCACCUGUGAAACAGUACAUCUGUGGAGGCACCUUGGUCGGCCAGAACGUUGUUAUCACAUCGGCUCACUGCGUGAUGAAUCCUGGUUUGACCCAGGCAAGACCCAUUGAAGAUCUUGUGGUGCAGGUUGGAAAACAUCAGCUCAACGCACGCAGUGGUACCGAACAGGAAAUUGGAUUGAGUUCAAUUAUUGUACCAAAUGGUUUCAGUGCACUACGACAUGAUCAUGAUAUAGCCCUGCUGAUAACAGUAAGCGCUGUUAUAUUCGGAAAAUAUGUUCAACCGGCAUGUCUCCCAAUGUUUUCAUUGAUCGGUAAUAAAACCGUGGGAACAAUCGUUGGAUGGGGCUUCACCGAACAGAACACCGUCUCCAAUGUUCUGAGAGCUGCGAAUGCCCCCAUCGUUUCGAGAGAUACUUGCGCACAGAGUAACCCGGAAGCAUUUGGUCAGAACCUUCCCGAGGAAGUGUUCUGCGCUGGAUAUCGGAACGGUACUAAUGCUUGUAACGGGGAUAGUGGAGGUGGACUGUUCAGAAAUGUGAGGGGCAAAUGGUAUCUUCUGGGUGUUAUUUCGUUUACCGCAGCCAGAAAGCAGAAUGAGAAUUAUUGUAGUUCUACCGAUUAUACGGCUUUUGUGGAUGUUGUAAAAUACAUGAAAUGGAUUAGAAAUAAUUCAGAUUCCAAUUUUGCCCUACCCUGCUCGCAAUCGCUACAACCCGUGAAGCUGAAAAAACAAUACUACGUCCAUAACAACAAGGAGGUCACAUUUUUGGAAGCGUGGCGCCUCUGCCAAAACGUUGGUCAUCGAUUGGCUACCAUCACUUCCGAAGAGGACAGCCUGCUGUUGGAGCAGGCCAUCGCGAAAUCAACCAACACCAAAGGACCAUGGUAUAUCGGAGGAACCGAUUUGGGCAACGAGGGACACUUCGUUUGGAUUUCCACCAAUAAACCGAUUGGGUACCUCUCGGGAUACUUCAAUUACUCUCCCGGGCAGCCAGAUAACGCUGGAAACAACGAGAACUGCCUGGAGAUAGGACGCUGGGGCGGUGUAGUAUGGAAUGAUGUACCCUGUGAGUGGCGCCAGCGCUAUAUUUGUGAAUAUGUUAGUGCGGUGUGAAUGUCUUCGAAUGAGUGCCUGUUGAGCUGUUGUAAGUGCCAUCGUUAUCUGUGUUUUUCGGAAUACGAACUUGUUUGUUACCUUAGUUUGUGGUGAUAUAACAAAGUCCCACAAUGGACUCUUUUUCUUUAAGUUACUAGUAACCUAUACACCUAUACAUCACUCGCAAUAAUUUAUAAAAAAAAAUCCACGGUUAUACGGAUUGUACGAUUUGUUUAAACUAUGCCGCAUACUGCUGUAUCCAAACAUUGUAAACGAGUUUCCACAAUUUCUAACGGAAUACAUGAAACAAGAAGAAUACAAAUUUACUUAGCGAUUCGCUAUUUGUUCGA